UCUCUGACACUGAGACGAAAUCUGAACAACAAAUCCAGAAUCUGAUUCUUCCAAUCAAGAAUAUCUAUGUUCACAGCUGAGCACUUAUGCCUAUACCUGUGACUGGAGGAAAUGUGACAAGAGUAAGUGACUUUAUCCUCAUGAGCUUCUCUUCCCUGCCUACUGAAAUACAGUCAUUACUCUUCAUGAUGUUUCUGAUCAUUUACCUCAUCACUCUGAUGGGAAACAGCCUCAUCAUUUUGGUUACUUUGGCUGACUCUGUGUUGCACAGCCCCAUGUACUUCUUCCUUAGGAAUUUGUCUUUCUUGGAGAUUGGCUUCAACCUAGUCAUUGUACCGAAAAUGCUGGGGACCCUGCUUACCCGGGACACAACCAUCUCCUUCCUUGGUUGUGCUAUUCAAAUGUACUUCUUCUUCUUCUUCGGGGUGGCUGAAUGCUUCUUCCUGGCCACCAUGGCAUAUGACCGCUAUCUAGCCAUUUGCAACCCCCUGCACUACCCAAUCAUCAUGAACCAAAGGACCUGUGCCAAACUGGCUGCUGCCUCCUGGUUUCCAGGCUUUCCAGUGGCUACUGUGCAGACCACUUGGCUCUUCAGCUUUCCAUUCUGUGGCACCAACAAGGUGAACCACUUCUUCUGUGACAGCCCACCUGUGCUGAGUCUGGUCUGUGCAAACACAGCACUGUUUGAGAUCUAUGCCAUCAUUGGAACUAUUCUGGUCAUCAUGACACCCUGCAUGCUGAUCCUAUGUUCCUACACUCACAUAGCUGCUGCCAUCCUUAAGAUUCCCUCAGCAAAAGGGAAGCGAAAAGCCUUCUCUACCUGUUCUUCCCACCUCCUUGUUGUCUCCCUUUUCUAUGUAUCUUCGAGCCUCACCUACUUUCGACCUAAGUCAAAUAAUUCUCCCGAGAGCAAGAAACUGCUGUCAUUGUCCUACACUAUUGUGACUCCCAUGUUGAACCCCAUUAUCUACAGCCUGAGAAAUAAGGAGGUGAAGAAUGCCCUCAGCCGGACCUUCCACAAGGCUAUCAACCUCAGAAACUGCAUUCUAUAGACACAAAGAGGUAAGACGAGAGCCUACUUAAUGAGGAACAAUCAGUUUCAUGCUUGGGAUUCCUCUCUACCUCUUUUCAUAUCUUCAUUGGGAGGACAUCCAGCUGAUGAAAUGACUACUGGAAAGCUCAGUGGAGAGAAAAGAGCACAGAGGUAGUUAUCUAUCACUACCAUCUGCUGAACUCUCCUGCCUGUCUAUUGAAUAUUUUCAUUUUUUUUUCUUAUUGGUGCAAUUGACAUUUGACACUUCAGUGGCCAAGCCAUUCCAGGUAUUUUUAUUGCUAAUGUGACAUACAUUGUGAAAAGUAUAAAACUGCUUGUAAUGUGAACUUGGGGACACAC